GAAUUUAAGCUUAAUCCAAGAGCCAAACUCUUCUCUCCGUCCAAUGCAAAUAUUAUGCCAGCAAAUCAUGCAACUCCAGUGGCUGCAAACCUGGCUUACAUUUCAAACAACUCACCACCAGUUGUACCUUCGGCUGUUGUUCAACCAGAGUUAGAUUUCAGUCCUUUUGUACCUCGUUCAUCUGUGCCUGCCGCCAAGUUUGUCCCAUAUGGCAACUCAUUAGCUGGAUUUGAUGGCAAUGUUGCUCAAUUUUCUCAACCUAUGGUGGGACAUGUGGGCACCAGGACACAGCCACUUAGAUAUGUUGGUCAGUAUCCUCUCCAGGCUGGCCCGACCUUUGGGCCCCCAAAUUCUUCAGCAGUUAUGGUCAGUCGUUUUGGGCAACUUGUUUAUAUGCAGCCAGUCUCCCAUGACUUGGCUCAAGGUGCAACAGUCGUCUCACCGGUACCACCUUGCCCUUUGUUGACAACACAGCCUGCGCAAUAUCCAAAACAUCAAGGCACUGCAGCAGCACAAGCAUUGCAGUUUUGCGUUCCUCCGCCAUUUAUGGCCAGUGGCCACCAACCGCUUGCCGCAGUUCCAAACCACAUUCCAAUUUUGCAGCCCUCCUCCUUCCCACUCAACCGCCCAAUGCCAAUGCCAGGAACUAAUGCAUUCUUCACCACCAAGUUCUAAUGAAUUUGUUUCUACUGUUAAUUUUUCAUGUAGUCAACCACAGCUUGGCAAAAUUUUGGUCCUCUGAAAGUUUUUUCCUAUUUGAUUUAAUUAUUAGCAUUUAUCUUUUUAUCGGAGGGCGAUGCACUGUUUCCAUUCAAAUCAGGACAUUUUACCGUUGAUUGGUGGAUGGAGUCUGUUGAACUCUGUAUAGGUUGAAUUAAAAUUUGUUUAGGAUCAGCAUUAUUUCUUUCUUGUGAGGGGAACUCUCGAGUCUUUCUCAUUCAUGAGUUGGUUUCAAAUUAUAAAAGUUGUUUGGAAAAAAGGAAGGCAAGAUAGUCUUGUUAUUUUA